AUGGCAACACUACACAGAGUUUCCAGACUCUGUACUAGACGGCUUGCCUUGCCCUCUCAACGGAGUAGUUGGUUGAAACUUACGACCCUGUCCCCUCGACCCUUUCUUACACACCCUACCACUCUCCCUGUGACACCGUGGUAUUCUCUGCGGCAUUCGUUUCACUCUACAAGUGGCGUGAGGGCUGAACUGGAGGAAACGUCACGAAACGUGCGCAAGUCCAGUGAGAACCUGCACAAUGCUGCAAAGGAGCUGGGCAGCAAGAGCGAGGGCGAAAAGACCGUCACAGAUACAGACUCAGUCACAGACACAAAGCCAGAAGACAAGCCAAGAUGGAAGAGACCCACCAAGGAGGAAAUGCUGUCGACUGCCACGGGCUUCUACAAUCGAAUGCGAGUGCGGUUCAAGUGGGCGCUCUUCCGCCAGGACCGACCCACCAACAUGGACGACAUUUCUGCAUUUCUUUCGUGGUUCAUGGUCGGUAACAUUGUGUGGAUCGUGCUGGGUACCACCACCUUCUUCUCGUUGGUGCUCUUCACCAUGAACACCGUGUUCGCACAGGAAUGGAUCGCAUCCAAGAUCGGAAACAUUGUCUCACGACAGACCGGCAUGUCUGUCGUCUUUGAGGAGGCAAUUGUGCCCCAUUGGAAGGGUGGCGUCAUCCAGUUUCGCAACGUUUUCGUGUCCCGAAGGCCUGGAGGCGGACACAAGGCCCGAAAGGGUAGCCAAGGGGAGGCUGCUGCCCUAGCUGGUGAGAAGCAGUAUGGCAGCUUGUCAUCGGCUCCGCCGGACGAUGACGGCAACUACACACAAUUUGACCUGACCAUCGAGACAGUGGAUGUGACCCUGUCGUUUUCGAAAUACAUGUCAGGAAAGGGUAUCCUCAAGGAGGUUGAGGUUAAGGGAAUUCGAGGAGUGGUUGAUCGGAACCAUCUACGAUGGAAACGCAACCAGGACCCUCGAAACAAUCGAAACGUACAUAAGACCGGCGAUUUUGAGAUUGAAAACUUCAAGCUCGAAGACGCGCUGGUGUCUCUGCAUCAGCCGGGCAGAGACAAGCCCUUCAACGUAUCUGUGUUCAACAUGGAGUUGCCCCAGCUCCGAAAGCACUGGUUGUUCUACGAUCUACUAUCUGCCAACAACCUGAGUGGAUCGUAUGACAACUCCCUGUUCACCAUCCACCCUCGGCAGAUUCACGGAGUGCCUUCUUCGCAACUCAACGAAGACAAAACCUGGAAGAAGGUAUCUCGUCUGAGAGUUGAUAAGGUGAACAUUGAGCACCUCAACCGAGGAGUUCAGGGCGCGUUCGGCUGGAUUGUGUCAGGAAACGUGGACCUUCUGGCCGACCUCAUGCUUCCUUCAGAUACUGACGACUACACGAUGUCUGAAAUGAUGAAGGACGUACUAGAGAGAUGGGAGCAUACUCUGAUGCGUCGAGGCCGAAAAUCAGGUGACCCCAUUUCCAUGCCAGGUGGAAGCCACUCGGAUGAGCCUCUAACAACCUCUGCACAGGCCGCGCAGGCUCAGAAAUACCUGGUCCUGGACUUGCGUGUCCAGCUCAACGAUGUGCGGGCAGCAGUUCCGCUGUUCAACACUGACCUCAACUACGUCAACAACGCCAUGAUCCGACCCAUUGUGGCGUACAUAAACUCUCGAGACACAUAUAUCCCCAUUAACUGCCGUGUGGUCAAGAAGGUUGACGACUUUGCUGGCUCGUGGACCAUGUACGACUCCGGUCUCAUGGACAACAUUUCGGAGGAGGUUUACCAAGCAUUUGCCGAAAAUGUGAGCAACGAUGAGGCGAGACAUCGACGAAUGAAGAAAGUCAGUCUGUGGUCUCUGCAGCUUGCCGCGCAGCUUCUGCUGCUUAGUAUAGGUACAAUUGCCUAA